GUGGAGUUUGAGGAGGCGGUGGCUGAGCCGGAUGGAUCCUACAGUUUCCCCUCGGUGUGGAGUCUCAGUCGGAGAGCCUUCACGGUCUCGGGUUACUGGAGUUACAGGAUGCUGACGGCCCUGUGCGGGGUGCCCAUGGCCGUGCUCUGGGGUUUCCUGUACGCCUGUAUCUCCUUCGCCCAGGUCUGGACGGCCGUGCCAUGUCUGCGCUGUUUCCUACUGGAGAUGGAGUGUCUGGCAGUCACCUUCCCGGUCUGCAUCCGAGCAAUCUGUGACCCCUUCUUCCACGCUGCGGGGGGACUGCUGCUCAGUAUACGCCUGGCACUCAGGAAGGAGCCCUAG